CAAUAUCAUAUCUUUCUCUCAUUCUACAAACGCGCUUUCUUCUCUCUCUCUCAUUCCUCUCAAAUCUGAAUACACCAAACCUAACCUAAAUAAAUUGGGAUCACGCGCGCACUCGCUCUCACACGGAUCAUGCUGCGUUUGUGUUACGCUCCUCUCGAUUGCUGCUUCCACCGCCGUGGUGGCCGCGUCGACGCCCUUCUCUGGCACAACGACCUCAAGCCCCACGCCUCCGGCGACUUCUCCAUCGCCGUCGCUCAGGCCAAUUACACUCUCGAGGAUCAGAGCCAAGUCUUCACCUCUCCCUCCGCCACUUACGUCGGCGUCUACGACGGCCACGGCGGCCCCGAAGCUUCUAGAUUCGUCAACAAGCGCCUCUUCCCUUAUUUACACAAAUUUGCCACUGAGCAAGGGGGGUUGUCUGUGGAUGUGAUAAAGAAGGCAUUUAGUGCCACGGAGGAGGAAUUCUUGCAUUUGGUCAAGCUAUCAUUGCCCAUUAGUCCUCAGAUUGCUUCCGUGGGAUCCUGUUGCCUUUUUGGUGCAAUUUCUAAUAAUGUGUUGUAUGUUGCCAACCUUGGAGACUCGAGAGCAGUUCUUGGCAGGAGGGAUACAGAGAGAAGGAACAGUCCGGUGGUGGCACAGCGCUUGUCAACUGACCAUAAUGUAGCUGAUGAGAAGGUGAGAAGAGAAGUUGAAGCUCUCCAUCCUGAUGACUCGCACAUUGUGGUUUACAGCCGUGGGGUUUGGAGGAUUAAGGGCAUUAUACAGGUGUCAAGAUCUAUUGGUGAUGUAUAUUUGAAGAAACCUGAUUUCUACCGAGACCCAGUCUUUCAGCAAUAUGGGAAUCCUGUUCCUUUGAAGCGUCCUGCAAUGACAGCUGAACCAUCAAUAAUUAUUAGGGAGCUCGAGUCAGAGGAUUUAUUCUUGAUAUUUGCAUCCGAUGGCCUCUGGGAACAAUUAAGUGAUGAGGCAGCUGUUCAGAUAGUUUUCAAAUAUCCAAGAGCUGGAAUUGCCAAGAGACUAGUGAGAGCUGCACUUCAAGAAGCUGCAAAGAAGAGAGAGAUGAGAUAUGAUGACAUAAAGAAAAUUGACAAAGGAAUAAGACGACACUUCCAUGAUGAUAUCACUGUAAUUGUAAUCUAUCUUGAUCACCAUGCGGGCUCCUCUAAUGGCAGAGUGAAGCAAACCACUGUUGGCUACACAACUGCCCCUGUUGAUAUUUUUUCCCUAAAUGCGGAUGAGGCAGAAAAGAGUAUGCUUGGUACAGUUGCCUAAAGAGUGAGAUUGCUUCAAAGGAUCACACACUGACAUUAUUUGGGGCGAAAAUUAUUUAUAGGUGAAGAUUAAUAUUGUUGGUAAAUGAAGGGAAUUCUCGAGAAAUCAUACAAAUUACUGCAUAGAUAUAGUAGCGGGGAGUUGCUGACAGAUUCUUUCUGGUGCAGAUAUGCAUGUGUAUAGUUGUGAAGUCUCUAUUUUUGGGUUUGGUGAUAUCAAUUUUGUUUUUCUUUGGGGGAAGAGUGAAUAAAAUUUAUAUUGAUUGGUUAGUCAUGAUAUUUAUCUCACGGUGAUGUUCGUCACGACGAAGAAUGCGUAUGAGGUAAGCGUUGGUGAUGAUAUUUCACCAACUAACAAGAAUUGCAGGGUGAGUGGAUAUUUUUCACAAGCACUAUCGUGUUGCCAUGGUACGUGUAUUGAUUACAACCAUGAAAUGCAAGUGCUUUACAAAUGUUGGUUUAGCCAUACUGCAUUUUAGUCAUCAGACGCGUUGUUUUUUAUUGGGAUAUUUGACUUAUCAUUUUCUGAGUUUUGAAAUGAAUGUUCACACGUUCGAGAAA